UCUAAGCCACUAUAGUAUCUUUGAGGAAGGGGCUGGGUUUCCUUUUCCACCACAACAAUUUCUUGUUUUCAAUAUUGAGCAAUAUCAGCCGGCUCAGUGUUUUUUUUUCUUUUAGAGCUGUCAAUUCGCACAUAUUUUUUCCACAGAAAUGCCGGCUUAUCAUUCCCAGUUUUUGAACCCACCCCAAGUCGUUGGGAAUAUGGCCAUUUUGCCGUUGAAAACCCAGUUCCGAGGGCCAGCUCCCAAAGAAAUGGGGGAGUCAGAUGUCCUGGAUGAGGCAUUGUACUACUUCAAGGCAAAUGUCUUCUUCCGCACAUAUGAAGUCAAAAGCGAAGCAGACAGACUCCUGAUCUACCUUACACUCUACAUCACAGAGUGCCUAAAGAAGCUCCAAAAGUGUUCAAACAAGAAUACAGCUCAGAACGAGAUGUAUACCUUGGCAAUAUCAAAGUUUGACAUUCCUGGGGAACCUGGUUUCCCGCUCAACUCUGUAUAUGCUAAACCUACCAGCCAGCAUGAAGCAGAUUUGUUGAGGCAGUAUCUGACGCAAGCCAGGCAAGAGAUAGGUUUAAGACUGGUAGAUAAAGUUUUCUGCACAGAAGAUGGAAAGCCUUCCAAAUUUUGGCUCUGCUUUGCUAAAAAGAAGUUCAUGGACAAGUCAUUAUCAGCUCCUGGGAUGUAAGAAGUCAUUGCGUUUAUCCUUACGUUUAUCUUUCCGUUAAUUACGUGCAACAUGGGUUGAUCAAAUAAAUCUAAUUUGUUCAA